UGCCCGCGGCAGAGCGGUUGGAACUACAUGAUUUUCAAGGUCUCUUGCAACCCAAACCGCUCUGCGAUCCUGCGUUUCUACAUUUUGUCACUACCCAGACGAUUCCAGUGUAGGCUUUUAUUAUGAAGCAGAACGUGCUUCUAUUUCCUACACAGACUACAAAACACCCAGGACCAGCAGACACAGCACAGCUUCGAGCACGCCCAGACGGACGCGACGCUGCUCAGGCAGCACCGCCCCCGCCCUGAGGGGGGGCGGAGGCGCGGCCUGUGCCAGAGGGGGCGUGGUUUGUGCCAGAGGCGCGCGGUCACAGCCGCCUCCCCCCUCCCUCCUGCGCAUGCGCCCGUGGCCGGAAGCAGGGCGGGGUGGGGCAGCGGCGGCCAUGGCAAUGGCGGAGAAGUUCGACUCCCUGGAGGAGCACCUGGAGAAGUUCGUGGAGAACAUCCGGCAGCUCGGCAUCAUCGUCAGCGACUUCCAGCCCAGCAGCCAGACGGGGCUCAAUCAGAAAUUGAAUUUCAUGGUGACGGGCUUGCAGGAUAUCGACAAAUGCCGGCAGCAGCUUCACGAUAUCAGCGUGCCUUUGGAAGUCUUUGAAUACAUCGAUCAAGGCCGCAACCCUCAGCUCUACACUAAAGAGUGUCUGGAGCGAGCUUUGGCUAAAAAUGAGCAAGUAAAAGGAAAAAUUGACACAAUGAAGAAAUUUAAAAGCCUGUUAAUUCAAGAACUGACAAAGGUGUUCCCAGAAGACAUGGCAAAGUACAAAGCUAUUCGAGGAGAAGAUCCUCCUCCCUAAGUUGGCCUUUUAUAGCUUUAAAAAUAUCCCAUAAACUGACACCACCUUAUAAAAACAUUGAUUGGAGAGAGGGGGAAUCCAGACCCUCAUAACAACUGUACUAAAAAUGGCAGUGAUGGACUGUAAAGGAGCUUAAUGAUUGUUGAUGGUUGUGGUCUGAAGCUGCUUUAUCUUUCUGAAGACUUCUACUCAGACACUGUAGUUGAAACUUCCUGUGGUAAUCUGCUUUUCUUUCCUGAAAGGUUUUGGAGAUUUGUAAAUGCCUACAGGUCAUCAAUACAGAACAUUUCCCACAAAGUGCGUUUCCGGAGCAGAAAAACACGUUUUUUUGGCCUCUGAAAACUGUGCCUCAGGAUUGUGCACUUGUCUGUUUUUAAGAGAAAUACAUUUAUUACACUCGAUUAUUUUUCAUUUGUAAACUUUGGGGUUUUUUUAAUUGCAGUACAAACAGUUGGCUGCUUUUGUCUUGCCAAAUUCUGUUGAGCAGGAGCCUGUCAAGGGCUGCAGUUUUCAUGUGUCAUAAUUAGUUGCAGCCAGGAAAACCUUCAGAUGUUUUUUGUUCUAUGAGCUACAGUGCAGGUGGCUGAGGAUAGAGUAAGUGAGCAUACCUGGGGACUGUCUCCUCAGCAACUUUAAUGUUUUGUACAGUAUUUAAUGUAAGCUUUUGUUUAUUCAUAUUCUGCAAACACGUUGAAUAAAAAUUUGAAAAAAUCUAA